GGUUUUCCUAUCUGGGUUUUUGAUUUCAGCUUCUGGGUAUCUCUUUUCAUGGCGUCUUCUUCUUCUCUGGCAUCUCCGUUGUGCACCUGGCUGGUGGCCGCCUGCAUGUCCGUCGCGUGCGACAAGGACCCGUCACGGUCUGCAAUGCUCCAUUCCUUCUCCGCCUCCAAGAGACUCAGCCACUGCGCUCGUAGAAAGAAGAUUCUCGCUCAAUGCGGGAGUCAAUUCAGCAACUGGAGCUGCAACCGUAACGGAGGAGGCUUGAUUUCUUCUUUUUGUGGAUCCAGCAUUCAAGGAUUGAUGAGCUCUUGCUUGGCGUUUGAGCCCUGCAAUGAGUUCUAUAACUCCAAAGGGGUUUCUUCCCUCGGGUUUUUUGGUGACAAUGGUGGCUUAUAUUCUCUAUUUGGAUCCAAGAACGUUGCUGUGAAACGCAAGCAGAGGAGACUGAAUCGAGCUGCUUUUUCCGCAGAAGCCAUGGCUGUAGCAGUGGAACCUGCAAAGGAAAUCACUACAAAGAAAAAACCUCCCAUGAAGCAAAGACGAGUAGUCGUUACAGGGAUGGGUGUUGAGACUCCACUUGGACAUGAUCCUGAUGUCUUCUAUAAUAAUUUGCUUAACGGUGUCAGUGGUAUAAGUGAAAUUGAGACUUUUGACUGCACCCAGUAUCCAACGAGAAUUGCUGGAGAGAUCAAAUCUUUCUCGACUGAUGGCUGGGUUGCACCAAAACUUUCUAAGCGGAUGGAUAAAUUUAUGCUUUACAUGCUGACUGCUGGUAAGAAAGCCUUGGCAGAUGGUGGGAUUACUGAAGAUGUAAUGAAAGAGUUAGAUAAAUAUAAAUGUGGAGUUUUGAUUGGCUCAGCAAUGGGUGGCAUGAAGGUUUUCAACGAUGCUAUUGAAGCUUUGAGGAUAUCUUAUAAGAAAAUGAAUCCUUUCUGUGUUCCAUUUGCUACUACAAAUAUGGGCUCUGCUAUGCUUGCAAUGGAUUUGGGAUGGAUGGGUCCAAACUAUUCAAUUUCCACUGCUUGUGCCACUAGCAACUUUUGCAUAUUGAGCGCAGCAAACCAUAUUAUUAGAGGAGAAGCUGAUGUGAUGCUUUGUGGGGGAUCUGAUGCAGCAAUCAUACCAAUUGGCUUGGGAGGAUUCGUUGCAUGCAGAGCACUUUCACAGAGGAAUAAUGACCCUACCAAAGCUUCCCGCCCUUGGGAUAUGGUAUUUUUCAAUAACUCAGCUUUCAGGCCUGCUUUUAUAUCUCAAAACUCUAUAGACAAGGAGAGUAAAAGGAACAAUGGCCUAAUGAAGCUAAAUCGUGAUGGAUUUGUCAUGGGGGAAGGAGCUGGAGUUUUGCUUUUAGAGGAAUUGGAGCAUGCCAAGAAAAGAGGUGCAACUAUUUAUGCUGAAUUUCUAGGUGGUAGCUUUGCUUGCGAUGCUUAUCACAUGACUGAGCCACGUCCUGAUGGAUUUGGUAUCAUUCUCUGCAUAGAAAAGGCCUUGGCACAGUCUGGGAUAUCUAGGGAAGAUGUGAAUUACAUAAACGCACAUGCUACAUCUACACCAGCUGGAGAUAUUAAAGAGUUCCAGGCUCUUCUUCAUUGUUUUGGCAGGAAUCCUGAGUUAAGGGUGAACUCCACAAAGUCUAUGAUUGGUCAUCUGCUUGGGGCUGCUGGUGCUGUGGAAGCUGUUGCAGCAGUACAGGCAAUACGGACAGGUUGGGUUCAUCCAAAUAUAAAUUUGGAAAAUCCAGAUGAAGAAGUGGACACAAAUGUGCUUGUUGGCCCAAAGAAAGAGAGGUUGGACAUUAAGGCAGCAUUGUCUAAUUCAUUUGGGUUUGGUGGCCACAAUUCAACUAUCGUUUUUGCUCCAUACAAAUGAAAUAGUUCCAGUGUUGCUCCCCCAACAGUUGUGAUGCCGAAGGUCUGCAACAUCAUACAGAGUACAGAGAAGACGACAUCGGUAGAUGACCAAUUGUUAGAACAGCUGCAGGCUACAUUUAACCAUACAUACUGAGUUGGUUGCACAGCAAAGGUUUAGAGAAGACUCAAGUGUGCCUUUGCAAGGAAUAAUACUAGGCAUCAAGUGUCUGUUGUAAAGCUACUCUUGCUUUUGUUGUUGUGGAAGAUUUCGUUCACUCAUAAACAGCCAUUAAUGGGACUUUACUCUUUUAGUUGAGAAUAACGAUUGUGCAAGCACAUGUAGUUUGCACGAUUUUAAUUGUUGUUUUCAUGUACAAGCUGCUGAUAAGAUUUUGUUUCUAAACCCACUUGUAAUGAAAUAGAUCCCUUAGGUUGGUUCAACUUCUGAAGUACAAUGGUAG